GACUAUAAAUCCAACAGGGGACGCGGUGAGGGGCAGCAGGAAUGAACAACAAUAGAAACCUACACAGGAAACACACAUCCAUAGACUCUGUACAGCUUUUAAUAUUUUCUUACACUUAACAUUAGGUUUUCAGGGUCAAGAAAAUGGCCACCUCAGCGAGUUCAAGACUGAACAAAGCAGUUAAACAGCAGUACAUGAGCCUCCCUCAGGGGGAGAAGGUACAAGCCAUGUACAUUUGGAUAGAUGGAUCUGGAGAGGGACUGAGAUGUAAGACCAGAACUCUGGAUUCUGAACCCAAGACAAUAGAAGAUCUCCCUGAGUGGAACUUUGACGGCUCCAGCACCUACCAGUCAGAGGGUUCCAACAGUGACAUGUACCUAAUUCCUGCUGCCAUGUUCAGGGACCCAUUCAGAAAAGACCCUAAUAAGCUGGUGCUCUGUGAAGUGCUCAAGUACAACCGCAAACCAGCAGAGACCAACCUCCGAUACACCUGUAAGAAGAUUAUGAACAUGGUGGAAAACAACCACUCAUGGUUCGGUAUGGAACAAGAGUACACUAUCCUGGGCACAGAUGGACAUCCCUUUGGUUGGCCUUCCAACGGCUUCCCCGGUCCACAAGGGCCUUAUUACUGUGGAGUCGGGGCAGAUAAGGCGUACGGACGAGACAUAGUGGAGGCGCACUAUAGAGCUUGUCUGUAUGCUGGGGUUCAGAUCUAUGGAAGUAAUGCUGAAGUCAUGCCGGCACAGUGGGAGUUCCAGAUUGGGCCUUGCGAAGGUAUCGACAUGGGAGACCACCUGUGGGUUGCUCGCUUCAUCCUUCACAGAGUCUGUGAAGAUUUUGGUGUUGUGGUGUCCUUUGACCCCAAGCCUAUCCCAGGGAACUGGAAUGGAGCUGGCUGCCAUACCAACUUCAGCACAAAGGAGAUGAGAGAGGAUGGCGGGCUUAAAGUCAUCGAGGAAUCCAUUGAAAAGUUGGCAAAAAGACACAGGUAUCACAUCCGGGCCUACGAUCCCAAGGGUGGGCUCGACAACGCCAGACGUCUCACUGGUCGUCACGAAACCUCGAGCAUUGAUGAGUUCUCAGCCGGCGUGGCCAACCGUGGGGCCAGCAUCCGCAUUCCUCGCUCAGUGGGGCAAGACAAGAAAGGUUACUUCGAGGACCGUCGCCCAUCCGCUAACUGCGAUCCUUACGCUGUCACAGAGGCACUGGUGCGCACAUGUUUGCUCAAAGAAGAGGGCGAAGAGCCCGCAAAUUACAGCAAGUGAACGGUUUAAAACAAAAGUAUCAUUAGCAGUACUGUAUUUAGCUCUGUGUCUGUUUCAAGACUCGACAAACCAAUCUUUAUUUUUUGAAAUUUCUACUUGAAACAUGAAAUAAUGAUUUGAGUAUUCCUGCAUUCUUUGUGAAUUCAACUGACACAAACACUGCCACAUUUUGUCUUGGUGUCACAGUAGCUGAUCAUUUGUAUAGAUGCACACUAACACAAUGUGUUUAACUUGUACUAAAGGAAAUUUAAGUACAGCAGCGUUUUCCUGGAGCUCUUGUUACAUUUCCCCAAAGGACAAAAACCCAAAGGCGUUUGAAUGUUUAAGCAAUCUUGGCCUCUGUCUCGAUAGUGGUUGUGGAUGGGUAAGGUUACUAUGUAAGCCAGUUUACUUUUGUAGGUUUUAUAAAACGAUGCAUGUCUGUUUUUAUCUCUUCUUACAAUUGUAAUUGUUGCGCUCUUUAAUAAACUGCUAACAUUUUUAUGUA